UCGCGCUCUGUGAGCGUUUACUUUUCUCCACAACAGACAUUCAAAAUCAAGAGCCCUUUUCGCUAAUUGUCCAGGUACGAUAAUCACGUGUAUUCCGCGAUGCGUGUGCCACAAUUACACAAUCAAGUAUGCGUGCGUGGCGCCAUUCAGUGCGCACGCGCAAGUGGGCAUGUCCUCCAACGCGAUUACAACGUCGGACUUUGAGAGUAGGGCGAAAAUUCACAACAGACACGGCCCGGCAGUGAGACUGUGUUGUUCAAAUUCGUUGCGAAUCAUAUCGCGUAAACUACUGCGUCAUAUCGUGUUCCGAAGAAACAAAACAAACUGUGCGGUGUCUGUCGGCAGGAUUUUGCCUCAGAUCAGAGUGAGUGUUGCGACAAUUGACGGUGAUGAAUUGCUGACUUGUGGAUCUGUGGUUCAGUGCGUGAAUUGCGCCGCAAUUUAUAAAAUUAGCUCAGCUCAAAUAAUCCUAUAACCUGUGCUGCUGCCGGGUGAUUUUCGAGUUAGGUGCGAACGACGUGCGGUUUAUAUGAACGGGCAGUACGGUGCGUGGCCUGUCCAAAAAAUGAACCUGGAUAUCAUGGAACCGCUCGCAGAACACGACGGUUUCGAACCGCAGACUCGCGCGCGCUCCAACACGUGGCCUCUGCCCCGGCCCGAGAAUUACGUCGAGCCCGGCGAUGAGGCGGGCAACAAGUGUUCAGGGCUGCCCGUUCCCGUUCCUGCCGCCACAGUGCCCACCAAAAAGAAUUCCAGCAGGAGGAACGCCUGGGGCAAUCUAAGCUACGCAGAUUUGAUAACGCAGGCAAUCAAGACGUCGCCCGAUCAAAGACUGACUCUGUCGCAGAUAUACGAGUGGAUGGUUCAGAACGUGCCCUAUUUCAAGGACAAGGGAGACAGCAACAGCUCUGCAGGAUGGAAG